GUCCUAUUUUUAAGCAAUACUGCUUAAAUAGCUGGUCUUUCCUGUGCGUGCAAGUACAGAUGUGCGUAUUGCAGAUGUCUGACUGUUGCGUGUUGCUUGUGAGAAACAAAACAGUGGAAAGGGAAGAAAAUAAGAAUUCGGUGGGAUGUGAACUUUAUGAUUGUGUUACAUUAAUAGAGUGAUGAAGAAUAAAGCAUGAUUGCGGCAGUGUGUUGUGGCGGAGCACUGGAAGUUACACUGCAGGGGUGGGACUCCUGCAUUCUCUCUCUCUCUCUCUCUCUCUCUCUCUCUGUUCUUGGAGAGGAUGCCUCUGCCGAAGCCCACCGGUCACACCAGCGUCCAGGAUGCGCUCUUGAAGCUGAGGAUGCUGUCAGUCUGAGCCCAAGGCAACCCGUUAAUGCGUUUGGUUUGGUGGUUCAACGCAGCUGAUGCGUAUGGAGAGAGGAGCGUGAGAGGCAGAGGAGGGAGAGCGGAGUCCCUCAUCCCCUUACACCGAAAACCAAGUCCUCUAAGGCAGUGGGACCAUGUCCUCUUCACAUAGCCGGGACAUCUCUGACUACCAUGUCAGCGUGAUCCGCAAUCCUCCUGCCUGGGAGGAGGGUGUGUACCUGCUGGGGUUUCUGAUUCUGCUUGGCAUAGUAGGAGUAAAUCUGUGGAAGCUAUGGAGGUCUGGCUCUUUCCCUGCUCCCUCACCAUACCCUAACUUCAAUUACCGCUACCUGCAGGAGAAAUAUGGCAACUCUUACUCUGAAGUCAGGCAGAAGUGUGUUGCAGCUUCUAACCACCGAAGAGCAUCAUCAGCAAGCCGUAAGCCCAGCCUGCAGCUGGCUGACACUCCUGACGGCUUUCGCGAACUUGGCCCUCUGGAGCUGAUGAGCCGGGAGCUGGAGAUGAAACGCUCCGCCUCGGUUGACUCGCUGUGCUCCAUCUCAUCUAUUGCCCAAACGUUUGGCCAUGACGUCACCGUGGGCCAGCUGGAGGUGACGCUAGAGCUUGAGGCACGAACCUCACUAUUACAUGUCACCCUGCAUCAGGCCAAGGACCUGCUGGAGAGGGAGGAGGAGAAUUUUCCCGGCUGCUACAUCACUGUCACGCUGUUACCUGAUGAAAUCAAUGUGGGCGUCACACGGAUUCAGAGCAACGCCUUCACCGUGUUGUUUGAUGAGCGUUUCUCUAUUCCACUGGAAGCAGCAGCUGUGGAGGAGUACAGCCUGCGUUUCUCAGCAUUUGGAGUAGACUUGGACGAAAGGAACAUCAGUGCAGGACAGGCUGAGCUCAAACUGUCUGAUCUGGACCUGUCCAUAAGGCCUUUCGAUGCUUGGCUGUAUCUCCAGGACAUUAAUAAGGCUGUGGAUGCUGUUGGAGAGAUACUGCUCUCACUCAGUUACCUACCCACUGCAGAGCGCCUAACUGUGGUGGUGGCUAAAGCGAAGAACCUGGUCUGGACUAACGGCAAAACCACCGCAGAUCCGUUUGUGAAGGUGUACCUCCUCCAAGACGGCAGGAAGAUCAGUAAGAAGAAAACCUCCAUAAAGAGAGAUGAUACUAACCCUAUCUUCAAUGAAGCUAUGAUCUUCUCUGUGCCUGCCGCUGUGCUUCAGGACCUCUCUCUAAGAGUCACAGUGGCUGAAAACACAGAAGAUGGGCGUGGUGAAAAUGUAGGUCAUGUGAUCAUCGGGCCAGAGGCAAGCGGUAUGGGCAUCACUCACUGGAACCAAAUGCUGGCAACUCUGCGCAAACCCGUCUCCAUGUGGCACCCGCUGCGGAGGACCUAAUCUGAUUUCUGCCCUCCCAUUCCCGCCUGCAUGGUGCCUACUGUCUCCGUGACCCAACCAUAAAGACUUCUAAAAGGUCAAGAGGUCGUCGUUAUUCAGGAAACCGCUAUCUUUUUAAAGCAGUUGCACAGCCAGAGCCACAGAGCAGAUUGUAAAGGAAAGACUGAAACUCUGCCUGUCUCUGCUUUAAUUCCCAGGUCCUUUUAUCCAGGUUAAAUCUGUCUUCAUUUGUAGCAGUUAUAACAGGGUGGCUGACCUGAAUGAGCGCCAGUCAAUGCUGCGUCGUAGUCAUUCGUUCAGUUGUGUUAGGAAUUAGUGCAGCCACAUUCUAAUACCUACAAAUUAUUAUUAUUAUUAUUAUUAUUAUUAUUAUUAUCAUCAUUAUUAUUCGGUGUUCUGUGUGGUUUUAUAUUUUUAUGCUCAGUAAAAAGCAAUAGAACACACAUGUAUGUAUGAUGGACAGACUUUUAAUUUCUUUGUGAGAUUGCAGUAGUUCAAAGAGUGUAAAAAUAAAUUCUUGUUAAAUUGCAGUUACAUUCCUGUCCAUCAGAGCCUUUCUGCAAUGGCAGUACAGACAGCUAGAAACAGAGACAAGCUCUGUUUAGUAUUGCGGUGGAAUGUGAAUGCAUUAAACAUGGAUUAUAUUUGAUAUUUGCUUUUAUUUUCCACAUUCGUCCUGUGCCCUAUGUUUGCCUGCACUUUGGAAAUUUAUUCCGAGCAUUAUUAAUAACUUGUUGGAAGUCUUUGCUGGGUUUUUUAUGCAUUCUGUCUAGAGAGAUUUGUAAAAAAAAAAACAAAAAAAAGACGUCCUGCCUCCAACUGUUACUGACUACUAUGAGGAGUUUGGCAAUAAAAUUUCUCUCAUUCAGCAGAAAGCCAGUUAACAUUCACAUUCAGAUAAAGGCAAAACACUAUAAACUUCUCUCAUUACCUAAUUCUGCUACAUAUUCCUUGUCUGAAGGCAAGUCUCUGUUCAAAAACAUGGUAAGAAAUCGUAUUCAACUAACCAGGUUCAAGUUUUCUUAAUGUAGCCUACACGACUAGCGUAAGUCAACUAUCUCAGUGCAGCAUUUGAGGUUUCCAUUGUACACAGUACUCAGUUUCAUCCUGUGCCAAAUCAACCACUAGAGAAGCAAUAUUUUAUUUAGGCUUGAGUCUAUAUUAUGUUUGUGAUCAAUAAGAUAUAAAAAAAACAUUUUGCAGUGCAUGAAAGUGUAAUAGAUAUGGUAUAUUGAUGUUCAAAUAUACAAUUCUUUAAAUAAAGAAA